AAACAGGACAAGCGAGUAGAUUCUCUAUAGUCCACACUUCAGGCCAGUAGGUGGCAACAAAGCGCUAAUAUGUUUAAUACCAAACGGCUAAUCACUCGAAGAAAACGCUUAGCGAGACGUCAUUCGUGUAGCAGCAGUGACAAACAGGAAGAAAACAUCCAGCUGUUACCUAAUUACCAAAGCAGUGAGAGCUCUGGCUAGCCUAGCAGCCUGUGUAGCGCUGGUACAGUAAUGAAACGGUCUUGUGAAUUGGGAAUAGACUGGUGUUUUAUCAUGCUUUGUCCGGCGUAGUGACUGUAUCGAUUGAUACCCAAGGGAUAUAAUUCUUCUUCACUUUCCUCCGGUCUGAGUGUUGAAACAAGGUCGAUGUUGUUGACACUGGGACUGACCAAACCUGUCUGUGCACUCUGUCGGUCCCUGCAGGUGUGAAUGAGUGACGUGGUGCCUCCCACAGCCCUCAGUGAAGUCCAGCUCCGCUUCCUCUGCCACGAUGACAUAGAGAAGGUCAAGCUGCUCUGCGGUGAUUGGUUCCCAAUUGAGUACCCAGACUCAUGGUAUCAGGACAUCACCUCCAACAAGAAGUUUUUCUCCCUCGCUGCCACCUUCAGAGGAGGCAUCGUGGGAAUGAUUGUGGCUGAAAUCAAAGGCCGGACCAAAGUACACAAAGAGGAUGGAGACAUCCUGGCCUCCAGUUUCCCUGUGGACACACAGGUAGCCUACAUCCUCAGCCUGGGAGUGGUCAAAGAAUUCAGGAAACAUGGCAUAGGCUCCUUACUGCUGGACAGUUUGAAGGAGCACAUCUCAACGACAGCGCAGGACCACUGUAAGGCAAUCUACCUACACGUCCUCACCACCAACAACACUGCCAUCCACUUCUAUGAGAACAGGGACUUCAGGCAGCACCACUACCUGCCCUACUACUAUUCCAUACGAGGCGUCCUCAAAGAUGGAUUCACAUAUGUGCUCUACAUCAAUGGGGGUCAUCCACCCUGGACAAUAUUUGACUAUAUCCAGCACAUCGGUUCAACCCUUGCGAGCCUGAGCCCCUGCUCCAUCCCUCAGAGGUUGUACCGACAGGCCCAAUCCCUGCUGCGCUCUCUGCUGCCCUGGUCCAACAUCGCCUCCAAGACCGGCAUACAGUACAGCAGAACAAUGUGACACAACGUGGAAUUUCUCAUCAGUCUUCCCCUGUACACACCAAGAUGUACACGCACACUCUCACACCCCGUCUCAUAUGGCCUUCCACGCCCUGUCUUUGAUGCGGCGACGCAGAUUCAACCUGCUUUUCACCAUUCGCAUAUUAGAAUAUUAUUCCAGAUUCAGUACAUCAUUGUUCACACUAGAUCCAGGUCUGCAGCUGUACUUCUCGGCUCAGUUCUAAACAGGGUUGUUGCAUUUAAUCAAUCAAAGUGCAAGCUUAGUUUUCACAUCGAUGGACUGUGUGAUUUGGUUAAACUAUGCCAUUUCUUUUAAUUAUUCACUGACUAUACUAUCGUGUUUAUGCUUCACUGUCCCAUAGUUGUUAUAUAGUGACUAGUGUUUAAACAGCCAUACCAAAGUCAAGCAGUGCUAGAACCGCAUUCAACCCGGGCAGCAGAGCAAAGCGGAGGACCUGGUCCAGAUAAACCACGCUGACCCACGCAGAUGGUGAACACAGGUGUGAAAGAGGUGUAACACACACACGCUGGCAUCCCUACAGAGACUAAAGGUUCGACUCUGCUUAUCUUUCUUUCCUCAUCUUGUCCACCACUGUCACAGAGACUAUGUACACUGUUUCUAUAUUGUAUAUACUAAGCUAAUAUAUAAAUUUCUCUCAAUAUGUAUGUCUAUUCUAUGCUGUUCAUAGGUCUAGUUGGAAUAUAACCCAUCCUGUCCCCCUUUUUGAUUAUAGACUGAAUCCAGAGUCAAUUCCAGCUUGUGAAAUAAAGACUCAAGAACAAGUUAAAUUUAAUUGGGCUGUGAUUCUAGCUAUGUUGAUAGGCUAGUAGACUAGAAUAAGGCUAAAUAUACGCAGUACACAAUGUAGAUGGCUGAUUGUAGAUGGCCAUAUUUAGUAGCAACUGGAGUUUUCAAAAGAGGUUCUUCCCUUUUGAAUAUUCAUGGAGUUGUCUGAUUGUCUUUUUUCAGUAAUUAUACUGGUGACAUCAGUACAGAAACAUGUGCACAUGUUCUAGUAUGUUACUCAAUACUUCCUGCGACGCAGAGUUUAGAGACACUUCACUUAUUAUGCAGUGCUGUUUGAAGGUCUUACAAAAACAACUAUCAUCAGAACUCCAAGCAGAAUGGCCUAUCUACAUUGUUUCCAAAUGUUGCUCAUACAUAAAAGUGUAAAGGGGAGUUGCUCUGGUCCUUAUUUUAGAUAUUUUAAAUGCCUGUCUGUCUGCUCUGUGGCUGUAAAAAUGCUGCUAAUGUAGAGAAAUGUCUAUUUGUUUGUCCAGAUUUUAAAACAAGGCCCAGAUUAGAUUUUUAUGUUGGCCUUUAAAAGAAAUAAGAAAAAGCAAGUACACAGACACACACACACACACACACGUAUACAUAUAUAUAUAUAUACAUACAUAUGUACACGUGUGUGUGUGUGUGUGUGGACACAGAGUCAGAAAUUAGUGACCAGCAAGUGCCAAAUGUUGAUCUGAUCUGUCAAUGGAAAGACAAAUUAGCAAAAUUCACCCUUGACUGGUAACUUUGUCAGUGAGUAACAAUUUUACUGCAUAUUGUUGCACUUCGUAAUGAAUUAUAAACCUGAUCCAAUAUAUCAGCGUCAGUGUAUCAGUGAGCAAAUCCUAGAUUUUAUACAUGAUAACAGCACUGAAAAAAGUAAGGGAACUGUGUGAAAUGUGCAUUUAUAGUUACCAGGUGAACUUUUUUCACUUUACCAGCUCUGGGAAGGUAACUCAAGUAAAUUUCAGAUGUUGUGUAUGCAAUAAACAUGUUUCAUUUUUUGAUUGAUUGUAAAGACUGAGUCAGUGUGACCACCCCUACUGUGUGACUGUUUUACAUUGUUGUAACGUUUUCAUCAUAAUACAUUGUCAUAAACCAGAGCCUUGUUUCCAUUCACAAAAUGCCAUGGUUUCAGCUGUUUGUCUUAAAGGGGCACACCAAUGGAUUAACUUUGUAUUUCCAUGAAUUUGGUAAUACUUUAGACAGAGACUGUGUUCAAAAAACAAAGGUCACACCAUAUCAAAGCACCAAAGACUGAGAUAUCCUCAUUUUUACAACCAUGAUUCCAAAAGGUUGGGACCCUGUGCAAGAUAUUAAUAAACAGAAUGUUUGACAGAAUGACAUAAACUCAAUGGAAAACGGACAGUGUAUUUUAUGCUUUACCUCAUCAACUUCAUUGAUGUGUGUAAAUACCCGUCUAUUCUAAAUUUGAUGCCAACAACAUGUCCUCAACAAGUUGGUACAGGAGCACCAAAAGACUGGGAAAGCUGUUGAAUGUCCCAAAAAAACACUUGUUUGUGCCACAGUUUGUUUGCUAAUUUCUGUUUAUGUUAAAGUCAGGCCUUUCAAAAUCAAAGUGUGAGUCAAUCUUCAAAAACACUGGAUCCUACUCUACCCAUAAUGCAACUUGAAAUGAUCUUUGUUAGACCUGCCCUAACUGUUAAACACAUAUGUCUUUCAGACUCCCAGUGUCAGUGCUGUCUUUUUCCAAUGCCCAAGAGAUAUGACAUUGUCAGGGUUAUUUCCCCCAUCCACAGCAGACAUGAUACAACUGUUUUCAAAGGCUGGAUGGUACGCCCUGAUGAUUAUACUGAUACACUUCAUGUGUAAUACCAGUGGAGUGCCCACUUAAAUAUAUUGUAAAAAAAAAAAAAAUACAAAACAAAACAAAAAAAAACUGUUCUGUUCAUUAUAUCCUUAUCACCUAGAAUAUCUGGUGCCUCACAGGUGCAUUAGCAGCAUCAGCAUCCUGCUGAAAACAGUGCAUCUCAAGAACCUCUUAAGUGCUUCCAGGGAAUGGAAAAAAAUUGGUUGAUUUUCUCAUUAACCCUCAUUCAUUUUUAAUACUGAGUGCAUAUGAGGGGGGUGUGCUUGGUCCAGGACCAUGAAGGCCUUUCUGCAUAUGAUAUGGUUUGAAAAAUGUGUUACAAAAAAAAAAGAAACAAAUGGGUUGUUGUUUUGUUGUUAUUUAGCUGAUGCAGCGAGGCCAGUGGAUUUGUUUUAUUCUACCAGGUUCAAAUCUUUGAGCCUCUUGUAAUGUCACUCGUCAUUAACCGUAGAGCAGCAGUCAACUUCCAGUAUUCCUCUGUGGCAAACGACACACAUUUAUUUAAAAGGAGAAAUAAAGGUCAUGUCUGUACUUAGUAGUAAAUCUGUUUUUGCUGAUUUGGUGCAUGUACAACUGCAAAAUUAAAAUGUCUCAUCAUUCUUUGGGAAAUGUCCAUUAUCAAAACUGUACAUUAGAGUGGUGUUUAUUUCCACACAUACACAUAAAAAAGUCUAUUCUGUACUAAUCUGUUUUUAAAAGACCAAGAGAAUCAUUUGUGGUGCACAACUGUAGCAGCCAUUGUUGUGGUACUGACCCACAGUCACAGGCACCCAAGACCAUCAUUAAUGCUCAGUCACCAUAGUAGUCAACUUGUGUCAUGAGAACAUCAUGCUAGCCAGUCUCCAACUGUACUGCAACUGCAGGGACAUGCAUAGAAUAGCAGCAGCAAGAUAUCCAUAUUAGUCAUAUCUAUCUGUGUGUCUUUAGGCUGCACAGAUAUGUGGUCAGUGUGUUCUUUUCUGGGUUGAAUUCACAUUUUUCUGGAGGUGGGGAUAGUCAGAUCAGCCAUAUUUUCUGUGCAUAAUGAUGUUAAUGUCAUUUGUCAUUCAGUUUCAAGUUCAAAGUUUCAACUUUGUAACAUAACAAACUUUGUUUUAUAUCAUUUUGCUGGUUGCCUGUAACUUAUUUUCCUUGACAAAUUUCAUCAAAUAAAUAGCUGAUAAACAGCUGAAUGUGA